AUCUGCGGUCUUCAUUUCAGCCGCCCCACCGGCCGCGUAUUGCGUGUAAUUGUUCACGACUUGUGUUAUCGCCAGCCUAAUCACUAGUUCGCCAAAAAACAGCUGUUCGUUCCAUAAGUUUCGGUUCAGUUCGACUCCGCGGUGAAUCACUGACAACUCGCAUUCCGAAAUCAUUAUUAAGCGUUGCACGGUGCCUUCGAGCCAUUCUUUCCGGCGCUAGAGAAUCAUCAGAAAGCGUAAGCGGCUGACGAGAUUCAGCUUCAGAAGAAUACGAACUUCCGAUCCCAUCUCACUCGACACCUUUCAGGCAAAAGGACUUUUUGUCGUUGCGAAACUCAUUUUCCUUGUAAAGUCGCAAGUGCUCAAGCUGAGCAACAGGUUGCAGCGAAACCGCUUGUGAGCGUCGAGACUCCUGUUGCCGUCGUUAUUUCAGCGCCUGAGGAGAGAACGGAAGGACAUUUCAACUGUUCUGAUUACUCUUCGGCAAGCACACGCCAUUGUUGGCUCCGUGGAGCAGGUGCCUAUUAGGGGGCGAGUCGGGACAUACGUAAGAAAUAAACAAACAAAAUGGCAACACCAGAUGAUACACCCGCUGGCUCCAGCAACAAUUUCCCUGUGCUACCUCCACCUCCUGAUAGCUCGCAGCCGCAACCCAGCCUCGCGCAGAAACGUCUCCAACAGACGCAGGCAAAGGUCGAUGAAGUCGUUGGUAUCAUGAAAGUUAAUGUGGAGAAAGUCCUGGAACGUGAUCAGAAACUUUCCGAGUUGGACGAACGGGCGGACGCCCUGCAGCACGGUGCAUCGCAGUUUGAACAACAAGCAGGGAAGCUGAAGAGGAAACAUUGGUGGGCGAAUAUCAAGAUGAUGAUCAUAAUGGGAGUCAUUGGUGUUGUUCUGCUUAUUAUAAUUAUCGCCCAGAUUUAUGAUGGAUUACAUCCUGCCGACUUUUCGCAUUUCUACCCUCACGCAUAUGUAUUUUACCAAACUGUCCCGUAAUCUCUUUAAAAGGGAAAGCUUUCCGUUACAAACAAAUAUGACGACAACGUAUGGUACAACGAGAAAAAGUCAGAAUAUUAAAAUUUCAGAGAAGAACAGAAAAGAUGUAACCGUAGAGCCGAAAAACAAAAACCCAGAAAAAAGUAAAUAAUGUAUAUUCCAAUUUAUCAUUCAUAAUAACACGAUAAAUAGAUGAUUCUGCUUUGCCGACGCUCCCAAGUCAACGGAGAGGGCAGGACAGAAAUGUGGGCAUAAUGUUAAAAUGAAGAAUGACUGCUGGUGUCGUCAGCGGAUGGGACUCUGAGGAGAUAGGACAAACCUAAAUGGAAGGUUCUUUGCAACCAAACUUCCCGUACUUCUAUUAGUUAUUUAAUAUUGCAACGCGACGUUCAGCGCUCAUCCCCACAUUUGAUUUAUUCGAUUUUUUCGAAAAUAAUGUAUGAUAAAGACAUCGGUCUUUUGACGGAAAUAGAUACUUUUACUUUAUGAUAAAUAUUGGUCCUGGUUUUUCCAGGCAUCUUAUAAUAUUUUCUCUCUGAAUGAAAUUCGUAGCUACUAGAUGUAGAUCAAUAUCUUUAAGGUAUUUUUAGAUGAAAAAUAGUACGGAAAAUACAUUUUUUCAUGAAUA